AAUCAAAAAAAAAAAAACUAAAUCGAAAGAAUGUCAAGUAAAACUCUGAUAUUUUUUCUCAAUAUUACAUUCAAAAAAUUAAUAAAUCCACGAAAGUAAUUGAAUAUUUCUCAUUUUGUUCAUGAAAAGACUGAAAUGAUAAAUUUAUAAAGAAAUGAUAUGCAAAGAAUAGUUAGAUAUUAGUGCUCAGUGUUCUGUGAUAUAGUGACUAUUACUAGUUGUUGAAAUCUUUUUUUUUUUUUUUAAUAAAGAAAAUAAUUACUUUAUGUUGAAUUUUUAUAGAACAUUUUAUUUCUUGUGUUUAAUAUUAUAAAGUUUAUUAUGUGAGUAGUCAAAUGUGUUAUUAAUAAUUAAAUACGAAUGUUAUUAUGAAGGAGUGGAACGUCAUUCAUGGCGCUACGAGAAAACUACGCGAUAAAUUAUUGCAGCCCGCCCCUUAUGGGCCCUGCUCAAUUUCUUUUUGAUAUGAUGAUCAAUGGCUUUAUUCGAAAAAAAACACACAAAUAAAGUAUUAUUGGAUGAUACAGAAGUGUUGAGUAGUGUAAUUGAAAAUGCUAGAACAGUUGAUGGUCAUACGGAAUAUGUGAUCAGGACACAAAGAGGUCCUUUACCCGAACGAUCGUGGAGAGUUAGUAGACGAUACAAUGACUUUGUACAACUCAAUGCAGCUCUAUCUAUAUCAGGCUUGGAUUUGCCUUUGCCUCCAAAAAAAGUUAUUGGUAACAUGGGCGCAGAAUUUAUAGCUCAACGCCAAAUUGCUCUGCAAAAAUAUUUAAACGUGGUACUAAUGAAUCCCAUAUUGGCUUCAUCGUUGUCUAUGAAACACUUUCUCGAUCCCAAUAAUUACACUGUUCCACUACAUGAAAUAGCAUUACAACAAGUGUCUUUAGCACUAAGGAGUGAUGCCAAUUUCGAAAUUGGGAAACCCAUCGUGGAUAUGGGAUGGAGAUUGAGAAAACAUUACUACACAGUGAAGAAUCGACAAAAUCCUAAACAAGAAUUACUUUUAGCAUGGGUGGAAUUCGGACCAGACAAACAUUUACAAGACAGAGACAUGCAAGGUGUUUUUAAAAGCUUAGGAUCAUUGAAACACAAUCAUAUCGAAGGUAUUGUCCAUCAACAUGUAACUGAAAAUGGAGCAUUGACCAUAAGGAAUUUUUAUGUCAACGGUACUUUACGAGAUGUACUCUGCAAUACCAAACCAAAGCAACCUUUUAUCAAAAAAUAUGGAAAUCCAAAGCAUACUAAGCUAUUAACGACAUCUGAAAUAGCAACAUAUGGAUAUCAAAUUUUAGAAGCACUAAAUUAUCUGGCAGAAAAAGGUUUACCUUACGGUCAUUUGCAUACUGGAAAUGUUUUGCUUACAUCAUCGGGUGCUAAAUUAUUAGAUAUAGAGAAUGGACUCUUAGGCUUGCCGGCAUUUUAUCGUCCAUAUGUUGUCCAAAGACGGAAGCUCCAUGCUACUACUCAAGUAGACGUUUAUUCCUUUGGGCAUGUUUUAUAUGAGAUGGCUUUUGGCAGGCCAUUGUUAGAAGCAACGUGUACAGAUCUUCCACAAUGUGAUGUUCAUCUUAAAAAUCUUCUAGAAGUAAUACUCUCGCCGGAUGCUCUAAAACAAGACCUGCCAACAUUUUCUCAAUUGAUGGAACAUCAAUUUUUUGAGACUGCUAAACGAAUGGCUCUAUUAUCUGCCAGUCAAGUUGAAAAACCUCAUUUUAAAUUAAGUAGUCAUCUUAAAGAAGCUUUACUUCAAGCGGCCCAUAAAGCCGAACAGAGAUUGAGGGAUGAACAAAAACUUGCUCGGCAUCAAAAGAGACUGGUAAAAGUCCAAGAAAUGAUGAGCUCGGAAGAGGAAAUGAAAAAGCGCAAGCAAAAAUUGAAAAAAGAAUCAAAAUUGGCACAAGAACAGCGGUCAUCAAGUCAACUUGGUACGGGCGAAAUAAAACAGAUUAAUGGAAAAAGUCCAGAAAGAUCAGACAGUCCUACAAGUACAUCCACGACCACUAGCGUUGAUACUCUUACGCCUCCUUCUCAAGGUCUUGCAGAAAAACAAACUGCAACAAUCACAAAGAAUGAUAUUGUGGAAUCUAAACAAUCGUCUGUACCUGUGCCAUCAUCAAAAGCAUCUAGUGGAACUUCCAUCACACCUAUUAUAGGUACAAAUGAUCGUACUGCCUUGUUGGGCAGUAUAUGUAACUUUAAUAAAUCUACGCUUCGCAGAAUUACUAAUGGGAAUCACUAAAAUUGAUUGCACGUAAUAUAAUUAUCGAUAUGGUUGAUCAGAAAUUAUCAAAUAUGCGUAGGAAAUUAAUGUUAAAUACGUAUGUAUUGAAAAUCAUAUGGGUGAAUGUAAAUUUUGUUGACUUAUUUGAUUAAUGGUGUCCCAUUAUUAGUAUAGUAUUUUUUUUUAAAUAUUCAUAGGUGAUAAAAAAAAAAUUGAAGUACCUCCAAUAGUUGAUAUUUAAUAUAUGUUACAAGAUCGUUGAAACGAUAAAAAUUUCUUCAACAAUGUUCUAGUUAAUAAUCUAUUUGAUGAUCUAUGCUAUUAACAAUAUAAAAAUAUUAUAGUGAUAAAAGAUUACAGAGAUUAUGGAAUAUAUUGAUAAAAGAGUUACUCAUCAGUGGAAAAGCUAUAUCUGUACACUAAUAUACUAUUUGAAUUAAUUGUAAUAAUAAAAUAUGUAAUCUUUAACCUUCAAUUUAGUCACAUUGAAUAAAAAAAUAUUAAAUUUAGAUUCAGCACAUUUAAAUUCUUAACGAGGAAUUGUUCUUUGUACGAUAAAUACAAAAUUAUAUAACUUUACAAUGUGCCAAAAGUAAUUUUUCAUUAAUAUAUUUCUUUCCAAUUAAAACUAAAUUCAAACUUUCAAAUAGAAAAUUUAAAUGUCAUAUAUCAACCAUGUAUGUAAUGUAUUCACUCUGUAAACAUUAAAAAAACAACAACUAUGCAGUAUCAAUUGAUUUAAACUUUUGUAUAGUCACUCUAAUAUUUUUCUAAAAAUUCAGUCUUUAAUUGAUCAAUUUGACUCUUUUUUUGUGUGAUAUUUAACAUUUUUAAUAGUUCAAAUAUACACAGAUUAUUAUUAUUUACAAAUAUAAUAAGCGAAAGAUUGAUAUGCUCAUAUCUUAUAUCCUAAAGCUUAGAGUGCGUUGAAGUUUUAUCUUUUUUCCUCCGUUUGAUAUCAAAUAAUACUACGGCAUCAGAAAAAAGAUUAUAAAGAUGCAUAUAUUGACUUAUAUGAAAAUCAUUCGCUUAUUUUUAUGGAUGGCCUUGUCAUUUAAGUUAUACGAGAUUAAUUGAAAUUGAAUGCUAAACGGGGUUAUGGCAUUAAUCGCCGAUUUUGUGUCAAAGUUUAAUGUGUAACUUCUCAGUUGCUCCUUUCAGUCUGUAAUAGAAAAGACAAAUUUGGUUAACCAAAUAAUUAAUAAAGUCAUACAAGGUAAAUGAA